GUUAGACUAAAUUAAAGCACAUUUUAUUAUAUUCAUGUAAAGUAACUCCUUAUGCUUUUAAGAUAGUGAUUGACAACAAUUCACAGCAGGGGCCGCGGAAGAUCGGGGGGGGGCAUUUAUGCAUACAUUCCUGUUAGCAAAUUCACAGCCAAGGUGAACUGCAGUGAACUGGGGCAUUUUCUGUGGCUUAUGGCAUUAUGGGUAAUCCAGUGUGUAUUGAGUUCAUCGCCCAGGCAUUAAUCAGUGACUUCAGCAUAAUCGUUUAUCGCCAAAAGCACACUCAAUAAUCAUCAAAACACGAAUUCUUUGAAGCAAUAUCCUUGGCUGAAUAACUCCUUGAAAAGUGCAAUAUCAUUUAUCCAAAAACGACGAACAAGAGCAUUUAUUUGCUUUCCAAAAUGACUGACAAUGACAGUCAAUACAACUCCCUGGCUGGAUUUGUAUAUAUUUUUAAUUUGAUUGUUGGAGCUGGUGCAUUGGCUUUACCGAAGGCAUUUAGUGAGGCAGGAUUGCUUUUAUCAGCCAUCAUCAUUGUUAUCCUUGCUUUCUUGAGUUUUAUGACGUGUUCCUUCAUGGUUGAAGCAAUGGCGAUUGCAAACGCUGUCUUACAACAAAAAGAAAAAGCGAAGAUUGAAAAUCAUGAGGUAAAUGAAAAGAUUGAAACUUUGCAAGACGAAUCAAGGACACUCUUAAGUAAUAACGCUGAAAUUAAUGGCCAACCUUCCUUUGAGAUACGAAAGAAAGUUGAAAUGGGCGAAAUGGCACGCAUGUUCUUUGGUAAAAUUGGUAUUCGUCUAUUUUAUCUCUGCAUUGCCGUCUAUUUGUAUGGAGAUCUUGCCAUAUAUGCGACUGCUGUUCCUAAAUCAAUGAGGGACGUUAUUUGCGAAACCUCCGAGAGUAGUGGAAAUGACAGCAAUAAUACAAAUGUUUCCAUCAGUUCCUCAGGCCAGGAUGAUGAUAAAUGUUGUGGACUGAGGCGUGAUGAUGUUUACAGAAUAUUAGUGGCUGCGUUCGCCGUCUUAGUUUGUCCCUUUGCGUUCACAAAUGUUCAGAAAACUAAAUAUAUCCAAUACCUGACCACAUUUCUUCGCUGGCUCUGUUUUAGCUUCAUGAUUGUCCUUGCUUUAAUUCAUCUUGGGAAAGGAAAGGGGAAUGGAAGGCCUAGUGUUGCAGAUUUUUCGGGAAUUCCAGAUCUGUUUGGUGCGUCUGUUUAUUCCUUCAUGUGUCAACACUCCCUCCCCUCCCUCAUCACGCCUCUGAAAAGCAAGAAAAACGUCACAACUAUUCUGUUCAUGGACGUUGGAGUCGCUCUGUUAUUUUACAGCUUGCUUUCUUUUACCGCCUUGUUCACCUUUGUUGAUUCAGAAAUCGAGGAUGUCUACACGCUUAGCUUCAAGCACAUUACCUCAACAGGAAUCAGCACAUUUCUAGCGCUGUAUCCAGUUUUUGCACUAUCAGCAAGCUUUCCUAUAAUUUCAAUAACUUUACGCGAGAACUUAAAAGCUCUUUUCCACAAGGAUGACAGGAAAUUCCCGUGGAUAGUUGAUAGAAUUGGAUUUCCAUUAUUCGCAGUUCUUCCUCCAAUCGUCAUAGCUCUUAGCACAACAAAUGUUGAAAUGUUGGUGAGUCUGACCGGAUCUUACGCUGGCGUAGGGGUUCAGUACAUAAUACCGACAAUGUUGAUAGUCUAUGGUCGUCAGAAGGCGGCAGAAAUAUUGGGGUUUAAUGAUAAUGAUUAUGGAUCAUUUUUUAAACAUCGUUUUUGGACGUGGAUGAUCCUUUCCUGGACAUUGUUGAGUGUUGGUGUUGUAACCGCGUAUAACAUUAAGAAACGAAUAUGACAGAAAUAAAAAUCAAAUUGAAAUACAUAAAAGCAAUCAUGAAAUGAUUUCACACCUUCAAGAACAUCGAAAGCAAAGAAUAAAUUGAAUUUACUUUUAGCAUGACAUAAAACCUCUAUUUUAGAACACAUUAUAUUUUUUUGAACGAAGUUCAUGCAAUUUUUCACAAUUAUUUUAACUUGUAGUGUUGCUGGCGCAAUUCUACUGUAAUAUGAUUAGUACAAUGAAUGGAAAAUAAAUAUUACCCAUUUCAACAAUAAGAUUUAUUUUGGAUUACAUGAAUUGAUUACAUUGUUACGUAAGUGAAUACAUUAUUAAGUGAAUACAUUAUUAAGUGAAUACAUUAUUAAGUGAAUAC